AUGGCUCCCAGUUUGAUAUGGGCCUAUUGCACAAAAGUUAACAAUGGCAGUAAAGUUAAGUGUAAUUUAUGUGAUAAAGAGUUUUUGUUUAAUAAAAGCACAUCAACAAUGAUGAAGCACUUACAAUGGGCUCACAAGAUUGCUCCUCCGCCAAGUAAUGAAAAACAAACUCGGAAAAGAUUGAAUGACAGUCACAAUGAUUUCGAAGUUCAGCCUAAAAAAGCUUUAGUCGCUGUCGAAUCAUCUGUUCCAUCGGUUGCUUUGGUACCUCAAACUAAAUCAUCUGUUCAAGAAAAUAUCACAGUACAAUCUCAUGUCCAAGGCCCUAUGGAUCGUUGUAUGAACAAUGCUAACUCUUUUUCAGCUGGUGGAUAUAGACAUGAUCAAGCUACCACAGCUCUUUUACGAAUGAUCGCAGUUAAUAAUAUGCCUCUGUGUACCACAGAAAGACCAGGAUUCAGAAAAUUUAUUAAAACACUACAACUGUUGUAUCACAUACCCUGUGAGCCCUGUGAGCUUCACAGAAACUGA